AAAAGAGAAGAAGAAGAAAACAAAACAAAGUGAGCCAAGGAAGUUCUCUUAGAUUCUCAACUUCAUAAAUUCCAAACGACCCACACACGAACGAAAGAACCAAAUUGGGCUUUGGUUUUCUUGCAAUUCAUUGGUUUUCCUUUUGUUUGUUUGUUCGCUGUGAAAACACGAGAGAAAAUCCUUGUGAAGGGGUUUCCCUGUUUCGUUUUUUCAGCACAGCUGGGAAUAUGGAUGGUAUAGAGAGAACAAGGAAUCCCAGCAAAAGGACUGGGCAUAGCAGCAUAGGGAGGAGCCUAAGCAGGAGUAGCUGGAGCAUGGAAGAUGUAUUUUCAGGCUCCAAGCGGAGUAACCGAGUGGAUGAAGACGAAGAAGCUCUCAAAUGGGCCGCCAUCGAGAAGCUACCAACCUAUGAUCGCCUCAGAACCAGCAUCAUGCAAUCCUUUGUGGACCAUGAGAUUGUGGGGCACAGGGUGGAACACAGAGCAGUCGACGUUACCAAGCUUGACAUGACUGACAGGCAGAAGUUCAUCGACAUGCUCUUCAGGGUUGCCGAGGAGGACAAUGACAAGUUCUUGCGCAAGUUUAGAAACAGGAUUGAUAAGGUUGGGAUUCGACUUCCGACGGUAGAAGUUAGGUUCGAGCACUUGACCAUAGAAGCCGACUGCUAUGUCGGCAGCAGGGCUCUACCUUCUCUUCCGAAUGCAGCAAGGAACAUCUUCGAGUCGGUCCUUGGAAUGGUCGGAAUCAGACUUGCCAAGACAACUAAACUCACCAUUCUUAACGAUGCCUCCGGAGUUAUUAAACCAUCAAGGAUGACACUUUUACUAGGUCCACCUUCUUCUGGGAAAACUACCCUUUUGCUGGCAUUGGCGGGCAAGUUGGAUCCUAGCUUAAAGGUUAAAGGAGAAAUAACAUACAAUGGAUACAGACUGAAUGAAUUUGUUCCUAAAAAGACAUCUGCAUAUAUCAGCCAAAAUGAUGUUCAUGUUGGAGAAAUGACUGUCAAAGAAACCUUGGAUUUCUCAGCGAGAUGCCAGGGCAUUGGCACUCGAUAUGAUCUCUUGAGUGAGCUUGCUAGAAGGGAAAAAGACGCAGGAAUUUUCCCAGAAGCUGAUGUAGACCUUUUCAUGAAGGCAACUGCAAUGGAAGGAGUUGAAAGCAGUCUUAUCACCGAUUACACACUUAAACUUUUGGGGCUAGACAUAUGCAAGGAUAUCAUUGUUGGAGACGAGAUGCAGAGGGGAAUUUCUGGAGGUCAAAAGAAAAGAGUAACAACAGGGGAGAUGAUUGUUGGACCUACCAAGACACUUUUCAUGGACGAAAUAUCAACUGGCCUUGACAGUUCCACGACAUACCAGAUAGUAAAGUGUUUGCAGCAGAUUGUGCACCUAACAGAGGCCACAAUCUUCAUGUCCCUACUCCAACCUGCUCCCGAGACCUUCGAUCUCUUUGAUGAUAUCCUUCUUUUAUCGGAAGGCCAAAUCGUCUAUCAGGGUCCACGCGAGCAUGUUGUCGAGUUCUUUGAGAGUUGUGGUUUCAGAUGUCCUGAAAGGAAAGGCACAGCUGACUUCUUGCAAGAGGUUACCUCAAAGAAGGACCAAGAGCAAUACUGGGCAGAUAGGAGUAAACCUUACAGAUACAUAACAGUAGCUGAGUUUUCAAACAGGUUCAAGCGUUUCCAUGUCGGAAUGAAAUUAGAGAAUGAGAUCUCCGUGCCUUUCGACAAGUCAAGAGGUCAUCGAGCGGCAUUGGCCUUUAAAAAAUACUCGGUCUCCAAAAUGGAACUUCUUAAAGCGUGUUGGGACAAAGAAUGGCUACUGAUUAAGCGGAAUUCAUUUAUUUACGUUUUCAAGACUGUCCAGAUUAUCAUCGUGGCAAUCAUUGCAUCAACGGUAUUUUUGAGGACUGAAUUGCACACCAGGAAUGAGCAAGAUGCGGCAAUCUAUGUAGGUGCGCUUCUGUUCGGAAUGAUCAUCAACAUGUUCAAUGGUUUCUCUGAGCUCUCCCUGAUGAUCAGUAGGCUUCCAGUGUUCUACAAGCAAAGAGACCUUCUAUUCCACCCUGUCUGGACUUUCACUCUGCCAACAUUCCUACUCCGGGUUCCGAUAUCUAUUCUAGAAUCCACCGUUUGGAUGGUAGUAACAUAUUACACAAUAGGGUUUGCACCUGAGGCCAGCAGGUUUUUCAAGACAUUCCUGUUGGUGUUUUUAGUUCAACAAAUGGCAGCUGGGCUCUUUAGACUCAUUGGUGGGAUAUGCAGAACAAUGAUCAUAGCUAGCACAGGUGGGGCUCUCACUCUUCUCCUUGUGUUCUUGCUGGGUGGCUUCAUCAUUCCAAAAGGUGAAAUCCCAAACUGGUGGGAGUGGGCUUACUGGGUUUCACCUUUGACUUACGGUUACAAUGCCUUCACUGUUAAUGAACUAUUUGCACCAAGGUGGAUGAACAAAAAGGCUUCGGACAAUGUUACAAGUUUGGGUGUACAAGUGCUAAGGAACUUUGAUGUUCCCAAUAAUAAAAACUGGUAUUGGAUUGGCGCAGCUGCUCUUUUAGGCUUCACAGUGUUGUUCAACGUUCUCUUCACCUUCGCUCUCAUGUUCCUAAACCCCCUUGGGAAGCCACAGGCUGUAAUUUCUGAGGAAACUGCCGAAGAGCUGGAGGCUAACAAUGAGGGUUCUAAGGGUGAACCAAGGUUAAGGAGACCAAAAUCAAGCAAAGAUUCGUUCUCCCGAUCUCUGUCUUCUGCGGAUGCAAACAAUACAAGAGAAAUGGCAAUCCAGAGAAUGAGCGGUCGGACAAACCCCAACGGAAUGAGCAGGAAUGAUUCUUCGAUUGACGCAGCCAAUGGUGUUGCUCCCAAGAGGGGAAUGGUUCUUCCCUUCACUCCUCUAGCAAUGUCCUUUGACACUGUUAAUUACUAUGUUGAUAUGCCACCAGAAAUGAAGGCACAAGGUGUUGCAGAGGACAGGUUACAACUACUUCGAGGUGUAACCGGAGCAUUUAGGCCUGGAGUAUUGACUGCACUGAUGGGUGUCAGUGGUGCAGGAAAGACAACAUUGAUGGAUGUUUUAGCGGGAAGAAAGACCGGUGGAUAUAUCGAGGGUGAUAUUAGAAUUUCCGGAUACCCCAAGAUACAAGAAACCUUUGCUAGAAUUUCUGGAUACUGUGAACAAAACGAUAUUCACUCGCCCCAAGUUACAGUCAGAGAAUCCUUGAUUUACUCAGCUUUCCUGCGGCUACCUAAAGAUGUCAGCAAAGAGGAAAAGAUGAUUUUUGUGGAUGAAGUGAUGGAACUGGUAGAAUUGGACAAUCUCAAGGAUGCCAUAGUAGGUCUGCAAGGAGUCACAGGGUUGUCAACUGAGCAAAGAAAGAGGUUGACAAUUGCAGUAGAGCUUGUUGCUAAUCCCUCAAUUAUUUUCAUGGAUGAACCAACAUCUGGCCUCGACGCGAGAGCGGCAGCCAUUGUUAUGAGGACUGUCAGAAACACUGUGGACACAGGAAGAACAGUUGUUUGCACUAUUCAUCAGCCUAGUAUUGAUAUCUUUGAAGCCUUUGAUGAGUUGCUACUGAUGAAAAGAGGCGGGCAGGUGAUUUACUCCGGACCAGUAGGUCGACACUCUCACAAGAUCAUUGAAUAUUUCGAGUCCAUUCCUGGAAUCCCCAAAAUUAAGGACAAGUACAACCCAGCUACCUGGAUGCUAGAAGUGAGCUCCGUAGCUGCUGAAGUUAGGCUCGGAAUGGACUUUGCCGAACAAUAUAAAUCAUCAUCCUUGUAUCAGAGAAACAAGGCAUUAGUAAAUGAAUUAAGCACACCACCCCCGGGAGUGAAAGACCUCUAUUUCACUACUCAGUACUCACAAUCGACAUGGGGUCAAUUCAAAUCAUGCCUUUGGAAGCAAUGGUGGACUUACUGGAGAAGUCCAGAUUAUAACCUUGUCAGAUACUUCUUCACUUUGCUCUCUGCACUAAUGGUCGGUACUAUUUUCUGGCAGAUCGGCACUAAAAGGGAAUCGACAACUGAUCACAAUGAUAAUGGGGCAAUGUAUGCUGCUGUCUUGUUCGUCGGAAUCAAUAACUGCUCAACUGUUCAACCAGUCGUGGCCAUUGAAAGAACAGUGUUCUAUCGUGAAAGAGCAGCUGGGAUGUACUCUGCGUUACCUUAUGCCCUUGCACAGGUGUUUUGCGAGAUACCUUACAUUUUUGUCCAAACAACAUACUAUACACUCAUUGUGUAUGCUAUGGUGGGUUUUCAAUGGACGGCAGCAAAGUUCUUCUGGUUUUUCAUCAACUUCUUCUCCUUCCUUUACUUCACAUUCUAUGGAAUGAUGACUGUUUCCAUCACACCAAACCAUCAAGUGGCAGCUAUUUUCGCCGCAGCUUUCUAUGCACUCUUUAAUCUCUUCUCCGGCUUCUUUAUUCCAAGACCGAGAAUCCCCAAGUGGUGGGUAUGGUAUUACUGGAUUUGCCCUGUGGCAUGGACGGUUUACGGACUGAUCGUGUCACAGUAUGGAGAUAUCGAAGACACCAUUAAAGCACCUGGCAUCAAGCCUGACCCUACUGUUAAAUCAUAUAUCAAAGAUCAAUAUGGCUACGAUUCGGACUUCAUGGGACCAGUUGCUGCAGUUUUGGUUGCCUUUGCAGCAUUCUUCGCCUUCAUGUUUGCCUACUGCAUAAGGACACUCAACUUCCAGACCAGAUAGACACCAUGCUGGAAAUUCUUCCUGGAGCACAUGUUUUACUUUUACAAGCAAAAUGUGACCUUGUAAAUACUGAAAAUGGAAAUCCACCAGAAAUUCCAAACUGAUCUCCAGUUCCAUUAUUCCUCUGUUGUCCUUCUAAGAUUUUCAGAUACUGUUUUCUUAAUUCAAAUUCGUGUAAGCUAUAUAGCAUAGGUGAUGGCGAAAAGUUCAGUUCGCAAAGAACGUUUCAAAAGUUGUACCUGGAAAUGUAAUGUUUUGUCGGAUAUAUUAAUCUCUCAGGGGAAUCAGUCAUAUUGUUCUA